CGGCGGAAAAUAGUUUUUUUAUAGAAGGAAGUCUUCUGCAUACUGCGUGUUCAAUUCAAACCCAGAGUAAUGAGUGUACCCAUACCUUAAAGAAAAGCCUCAGCACGUCGACCUUAUUCUUUGCGUGCUUGAUAGUUUUUCAAGUCUUGUGUUUUCGCUGACCUUCUGUCACCAUGCGGGUCAGCACCGUGUUGCUGUGUGUGUUGUUUCUCUGGGUCGAGGGGUCUCUGGCCGACACACCUGCCAACUGCACCUACGAGGACCUGCUGGGGACCUGGGUUCUCCAGCUCUCUAAAGGAGGACACGAUAAGACGGUCAACUGCUCUAAUGAAGCCACGGGGGUGAAGAUGGUUACCGUGACCCUGGAGAAGCUCUCAGUGGCCCGGGACGACCUGGGCAACACCGGGUUCUUCACGCUCAUCUACAACCAGGGCUUCGAGGUGACCAUCAACAACUACAAGUGGUUCGGCUAUUUCAGGUACACCGAGCAGGGUGAGAAUGUGACCAGCUACUGCGACCAGACCCUGCCAGGCUGGGUCCACGAUGUCCUGGGUCACAACUGGGCCUGCUUCGUGGCCAAGAGAGUGGAGCCCAUACUGCCCCGCACAGAGGUCAACCCGCUGCAGCAGCACCGCCUAGCCCGCAGGCUGCUCCAGAUGCAACACAAGGUCAACACAGACUUCAUCCAGACCAUCAACUCUGCGCAGAGCUCCUGGACGGCUGCCUACUACCCGGAGCACGAGAAGUACUCUCGGAAGGACUGGUUCUACCGGGCUGGAGGCCCUGCCUCUCGUGUUCCCGCUCGGGUUCGGCCGGCCCGUUGGUCCGCCGCGGGGGACAAGAUGGCGUCCGCUCUGCCUGAGCACUGGGACUGGAGAGACGUGGACGGUGUGAACUACCUCAGCCCUAUCCGUAACCAAGGGUCAUGUGGCAGCUGCUACUCCUUUGCCGCCAUGGGGAUGCUGGAGGCUCGCAUCAGAGUCCUCACCAACAACAGCCAGACCCCGAUCCUGAGCCCCCAGCAGGUGGUCUCCUGCUCCCCCUACUCUCAAGGUUGUGAGGGCGGUUUCCCGUACCUCAUGGGGAAGUACGUCCAGGACUUCGGCAUCGUGGAGGAGUCGUGCCUGCCCUACGUGGGCGACAGCACCCCGUGCCGGAUCCCCCGGUCCUGCGGCCGGCUUUACACGGCGGAGUACAGCUACGUGGGGGGGUUCUACGGAGGCUGCAGCGAGACAGCCAUGAUGCAGGAGCUGGUGAAGAACGGCCCCAUGGCCGUGUCCUUCGAGGUGUACCCCGACUUCAGCUACUACAAGGAGGGCAUCUACCACCACACGGGCCUGCUGGACGCCACGGGCCCCUUCGAGUUGACCAACCACGCCGUGCUGCUGGUGGGCUAUGGCCGCUGCCCCAAGUGCGGCCAGAACUACUGGGUGGUGAAGAACAGCUGGGGCGACGGCUGGGGCGAGAAGGGCUUCUUCCGCAUCCGCCGCGGCUCGGACGAGUGUGCCAUCGAGAGCAUCGCCGUGGCGGCCACGCCCAUCCCGUCACUGUAGGGGUGGAGGAGGAGGAGGAAGAUUCAGGGUUUAGACAGGUGUGUGUGUGUGUGUGUGUGUGUGUGUGUGUGUGUGUGUGUGUGUGUGUGUGUGUGUGUGUGUGUGUGUGUGUGUGUGUGUGUGUGUGUGUGUGUGUGUGUGUGUGUGUGUGUCCCAAAGUAAGAUCUUAUAUUUUUAGUUGCAUCAAUUUUAACAAGUGUGGCACUCGAUAUUUGUGUUAAAUAUUUUUAGUUUUCUUUUAUCACAGACGCAUAUGGUAGAUGUUAUUUUCUUUACCUUGACAUGUUUCGACGGAUAUACUUCUUCAUCAGAAGGUCACACGGUGUACUAGUGUGACGCGUUCUUAUCAGCUGAUGUUAACGGAGAUGUGAUCCACCUGUCAGUUUUUUGACUGGUGAACCACAUCUCCUGCUGUCAGUCCGAAGCCCCCCAGGACGGCACUCCAGGUAUAGGAGAGCAUAUAUGCUCCCUCAUCUCUGUUCAUCGUUUUCGGGCUCCGCUUUCUUAUUUCAAUCGCCUCCUUUAUCCAACGGUGGUAUCGGUUGUCUUUUAUCCUUUGGAUAAAGGAGGCGUCACACUAAUACACCUGUGUGAGCUUCUGAUGAAAACGGAGGUAUAUCUGUCGAAACAUGUCAAGGUCAAGAAAAUAACAUCUACUAAUAUAUGUUUCUGUGAUGAAAUAAACAAUAAAUAUUUAUCUCAAGUGUAGACACAAUGAAUGCAUACAACUAUUGAUAGUGUUUUAUGUCAGUGUAGACUUGGGGGGGGGGGGGGGGGGGGGGGGGGGUGUAAUGGAAGGUCGCUAGCAAACAUGUAAACGUCUCAGAGCCGUCUCAAACCUUCUCAGGUGCAGCGAUCCUACGGUGUUAUGUUGUGUGCCAGGGAUGAGUCACAGUCCCUUCACACAGCUGGGGAGAUGACAAUCCAUUUCCUUUCAGCCACUGCUGAAGUCUGCCUCAAGCAGAAUGCCACCCACUUUUACCAGGGUUCAAUAUGUUUUAGCUUUUAACCUUUUAUUUGUGUUCUUUGUAGAUAGUUCAUCAUUUUUGUGAACUAUGAACAUUUGUCUUGUCAAUCAAAUCUGUGGUUGCAUUCAAAGGGAGGGAAGGUUGUUUUUCUACCUAGAAGAUGCCUCAAAGUCUACGGUAGACCAUGGGGCAAGUAAUAUGUGUUAUGCAUAUUGCUCUCUACAGGACUAACAAGAAGCCACGUGUGUUUGUAGUUCUGCAGGUUGUAGGUGGGAAAAAGGCCUUCUAUUCAAUACAAAUAUAUAGCAAUGGUCUAAACCUGUCCAACCUUUUUUCGUUUUUAAUGGCACGGUAACAUUUGAUUUUAGUAUGGUUUUAAACCUAACGCUAUCAAACCGGUUAUGUUCAUUAGCAGCUCCAGCAAUAGUCCAGUGCCUCAAAAAGGGAUGCGUAGAGAUUUGAAGGAUCUCAAAUUUAGCAUAUGAAAGGGAUUGGAUUGAAAAUGAAAAGGUAUUUGUAUUGUGUUGUUGAAGGUAUUUUGAGCCAUUGCAGUUUUUUUUUGUUAUGGAAUGAAAGUCAUUCUUCCGCCGUUUUUACUCUUCACCUCUCUUGCCCAUAUUUUAUGAGAUACUUAACUUCCCUGAUCGUUUUUUCUUGUAUUGUACUGUUCAGCUGUGUGAUCCACAGUUCUGGUCAAAUGCUAAUAAACCCUUACAUUACACAA